UUUGAGCCACAGAGUCUGUUUGUGAAUGACGUAACAAGAUGGCGUCGUCUUAGGCAUAAACCGAUGUGAAUGAGUUUAUCGACUUAAAAGUGCGCCUCUUUUGAGGCUGUAGUGUUGUUUUACGGUUGUUCCGUAAAAGAAUCGUCUUCACGAUCAGACAAGUGUUUUGUGGGCGUUGCUAACGACAAGCGUGUGGAUCUUGUUGCCUUUCUAAGGCAACCCUCCGGUGACAGCCGGGGCGGCGAGGUGCUGACAGACGGGAUGGACAACGGAGAGUACAUCUCUACCAUGGAGAACAUGGACACGACUUUAGCGGAAUUAGGGGACGAAUUCACAUUGGGAGACAUCGAUGAGAUGCUGCAGUUUGUCAGCAACCAGGUGGGGGACUUCCCAGACUUGUUUGAGGACCAGAUAUCCUCUGUACAGAAUGGCGGUGCCGGCACCACCCCACGACCCGCCAUUCAAACUCCUCAGACUCCCCAGACACCAACCCCUGCUGUCUAUCAGAGCUCCAGCGUUAACCUCUCCGCCUCCCAGACGCUCUCCCCACUGUCUCUACCUCUCACCCCUCCCCUCACUCCUGCCCAGACACCCUCCCAGACCCCCUCCCCUUCCACCGCCUCCUCGGGGCAGCAGCAGCAGCAGCAGGUGACCCGCAGCCCUCCGCUCCUUCAGCCACGGCCUCAGGUGGUCCAGCCCAUCCAGCCUCAGCCCCAACAGACGGCACAGUCCGCCAUCCAGAUGCACACCCAGGGGAUCUCCAUGCAGACCCAGAGCUUCCCGGUCCACACUUUGGUUCAGACCCACAGCCAGACUCCCAUGCCCAUCCAGACCCAGGCGCCCCAAACCGUGAUGAUUACCUCUAACGGUGGUCGUUUGAUCCAGAACUCUGUCAUCUGCCACCAGAGCCCUGCUCCUGGUUUUCAAGUCCUCCAACCACAGGUGCAGAGCAUUAUGACAUCACCGCAACUCCAGCCGUUGGCAAUUCAGCACCAGCGUGUUCUGACUCCGACUGGUCAGACUAUCCAGACUCUGUCCACAGCGCCCACCACAGUCCACACUGUGCAACAGCAGGUGCAGCAAGUACCUGUUCUGGUUCAGCAACCACAGAUUCUGAAGACAGAUUCACUGGUUCUGACAACGCUCAAGCCAGAUGGCACACAGGUUCUGUCUACUGUGCAGAGCCCUGCAGGGAUCACCACCUUGACCACGCCCAUCCAGAACACAGCUCUGCAAGUCCCGACGCUGAUGAGUAGCAACAUCCUAACCACCGUUCCUGUGAUGAUGGGAGGUGGAGACAAGCUGCCAAUCAAGCAAAUACAGCCAGGCUCCACUCAGUGCACAAAUGGAGCCAGAUCAAACAUGGAGCAAGGCCAGUCGCUGGGAGGAGUAGUGGGGCCAGGAGGAGUUGUGAAGGAGGGCGAGAGGAGGACGACCCACAACAUCAUCGAGAAGAGGUACCGGUCCUCCAUCAACGACAAGAUCGUGGAGCUCAGAGACCUGGUCAUGGGCAGUGACGCCAAGAUGCAUAAGUCAGGAGUGCUGAGGAAGGCCAUUGACUACAUCAAGUACCUGCAACAAGUCAACCACAAACUACGACAGGAGAACUUGGCACUGAAGAUGGCCAACCAGAAGAACAAGCCAGUGACGCUGCCUGAAGAUGUGGAGCUGAAACAGGAAUUAGUGAUGAUGUCACCUCCAGCCUCGGACUCUGGGUCUGGUUCCCCUCCUCAGUUCUCUCCUUACUGCGUGGACUCAGAGCCUGGCAGCCCUUUACUGGAUCACGAUCAGUUGAAGAGCGAGCCAGAUUCUCCCUCCUCAGUCGGAGUAAUGGAUCGCUCCCGCCUGCUUCUCUGCGCCCUGACCUUCUUCUGCCUCUCCCUAAACCCGCUGCCAUCUUUGCUGGGCUCCGAGGUCUCAGGGAGCUCCAACUUUUCCCCGGGCCACGGGCCAUCUAGAACGCUGGUCUGGUUCCCAAGUCACACACAGGACUUUGCAUCCUGGCUGCGGUGCCUGUUGCCGUGGGUGAUGGUGUGGGUGCUGAGCGGGGUUGGAGCGGUGUGGGGCUGUGUCAGGGUGCUUUACCUGUGGGAGCCCGUCACGCCCCUUCACUCGCCAAAAUCGGUGUCGUUCUGGAGGCACCGCAAACAAGCCGACCUGCAUCUCAAGAGGGGAGAUUACACAGCAGCAAUGGCCAGUUUAGAGACCUGCCUGUCUGUCUUGACCAGAGCACUUCCUUCGAGCAGUCUCGACCUAGUCUGCUCACUGUCCUGGAAUCUGAUUCGCUACUUCUUGCAUCGUCCAACUCCCCUGGGCUGGCUGGUUCAUCAGGUUGGGGGAAAGCAUGAGGGGGAGGAAGCUAGGACAAGUGCGAGGGAUGCAGCGCUGGUUUAUCACCGGCUGAGCCAAUUGCAACUCACAGGAAAGCUGCCUCAGCGGAGCAGCCUGUGGGCUUUGUCUCUGUCUCUGAGUGCCGUCAACCUGAGUGAGAGCGCCCAAAGCAAGAUGGCCCCCGCCCAGCUCACCCAGAUCUACGUCACUGCAGCGAUAGCCCUGCGCACCGUGCUGGGCCACCGCCUCUCCUUUCUACCUGGUUAUUUGCUGAAUUGUGCAGAGAGUGUGGCUAAUCAGUCAGAAACCAAGAUGAUCCCAGACUGCCUGCGCUGGCUCUUCACCCCAUUGGGUAGGCAGUUCUUCCUGAGUUGUGAUUGGUCGGUGAAGUCUGAGCGCACUGACGGGGUGUACACUUCUCAGAGAGACCCAGCUGAUCCCAUUGCCCAGCUGCACCGCUGUUUCUGCAGGAAGCUUUUGGAGAGAGCUGUUCACACCCUCAUCCAGCCACAGAGCGACUCUGAAGCUGGCAAACGCAAAAACGACUCUGGAGAGUUUUCCAGUGCCCUCGAGUUCCUCCAGUUAUUGAACAGCUGCACAGAGGACUCCCCCUCUCCUCCUCCUCCCUUCUCAACUCCACCCAAUCACGCCACCACUCCAGUGGGAGACCCAGUGAGUCGUUGGUGGGCUUUGGUUCUGAAGGCUGCUGUGCACUGGCUGCAGGGCGACGACGCCGCAGUGAGGUCACUGUUGGCAGAAGCAGAGCGAAUGCCGAGGGCUCUGCACACUCUUGACCACCCUCUGCCUAAGUCUGUGCUGCUGCUUUGCAAGGCGGUACAGAUGAGUCUCUCCCCUCUGAAGGGAGAAGGGGCCAUAGCCUGCCUGUCCCUCUGCGACAGAGCCAGCAGUUACAUGCGCUCCAGCGUCUCGGUGCCCCUCGCACAGUCAGGCAACUGGCUGAACAAGGGGGUGGAGCUCCUGGUGUGUGACCUUCUGCUGACCUUGAGGACCAGUUUAUGGCAGCGGGGAGGCAGCAGUAAUGGAGAGUCUGGCCCGGCCCCUGGAUGUCAGUUGGCCGGCUUCCAGAGGGACCUCAGUGCGCUCAGAAAGCUCACACAGUGCUACAGACAGGCGCAGCACAAGGUGUUUCUUCAUGAGACCACAGUGAGACUGAUGGCUGGUGCCAGUCCCACAAGGACACACCAGCUGCUGGAGCACAACCUCCGACGCAGGGCACACAGUGCCUACACAGCCGAAGGUGAGUGUGUCCUGGGCGAGAGGGAGAGAGCUCACGCCAUCCUGCUGGCCUGCCGCCACCUGCCCAUGCCUCUGCUAACCCCGCCCGGGCACCGCGCCCGCCUGCUGGCUGAGGCCAAGCGCACGCUGGAGCGGGUGGGAGACCGUCGAUCUCUGCAGGAUUGUCAACAGAUCCUCCUGCGCCUCAGCGGGGGCACCACCAUCGCUGCCUCCUGAGUGCGCACUCACGCACGCACACACACGCACCCACUGCUUGAACAAACACACACAGAGUGGGGCUACUCACAGUGCAAGGAAACAAUCAACUGUAAUCUGUUCUCAUACAAACAAAAUGUAAACCAUGCUACUCAUCCACCCACAUGUAAUUCUGUUAUUGUCACUCAUUCACGCCCUUGUACAGACCGAGGAUUAUGGAUAUAAAGACUCUUCUUCAAACUGCCACACUGUUGACACACACACACACACACACAGAGCUGAUUUUAACUGACACAGCUAACUCUCCUAUCUCUCUAACUCUCAUCUAUACACAGCACCUGCAAGACUUGAAGGCUCACAUUUGCGCCUUCGAGGUUUAGUCUGUAUUGUUGCAACACAAUAGUGCCACCUUUUGGACAUUAAUGGUACCCUGUUGGCUAACUGCCUCAUUUUAAACAAAGCUACACAAUAAGGAAAGUCAGGUUUAACAGGCCCCAAAGGGAAAAGGGACCAUUAUCUAAUAGCUGUUUGAAUCAAUGCGAUGCAGUAGUGCAUUGAUUAACUGUAGGAUACCAAGCUGCACAAUCAUUUUUGGCACACGGCAUUGUGAGUGCUACAAUAACUGAGUGAUGUCUCAUUGAAAUCGCAAGCCUCAAUUAGGUGCUUCCGAAUAUUCAAUAGCAGACAGCCACUGUCUGUUAAGCAUGGCCGUAGCUUGCUUUUAACAAUACAGUGCUGCGUAGUGGCUCUUCUUACCUACCUCAUAUACUGUACAAUGCCAGCGUUGUACAGUGGAGCAAAAUAGGACCCUUAAGCACCGUGUCAGUUAAUCUGAAUUUGAAAUAAAUGACCAUUUGAAAAAUGAUGCUUCAAUCCGGCACAGCGUCGUUCUGGUGGGCCAUUGGUGGGCUGCUUUAUUUUGACUUCAGCAUGCAGCUGUACAGGACUUAUGGAGUAAUUUGACUUGUGACAGACAGCUACUUCUGACACGCUCACAAGAAACAGGGAAAAUGGUUGGAUUUGCAGAAUGUCUAAAUAAUAGAGGGAAGCAACCAGUCUCAAUCCAGUCAGUUGGAAAAUGCCUACCUACAUACACACACACACAGAUGCAUAGACAUAUUAAAGUAAUCGCAUACCAGGUCACAGUCUGGUUGUAUAUAGGUUGUACAUAGGCAGAUAAACAGAAGUAGAUUAAAUAAGUGCUUAUCUGCCGCUUGAGAGGAGACACGCGUCAAAGAAAGCACCGUGACAUAUUGUUAGCUCUGAAUGGUUACAUGUCAGAAGCUGGAUCUGAUGGUCUGAAUCUCUGGCCAUGAGAGUCAGGUCAGCUGCCAGCUUCAAACUGAUAAACCACCAAAACUCACUCACACACUCACCUGCUGUGGCGUUGAGAAAAAUUCCCCGAUGGAGAACAGCUAGCACAUCUGCUGUGCUCAGUUUGAAUUCAGAUACUGAAAAGAUUUUGGGUGGUCUAUCAUUUUAAGGUAUAUCUUAAUGAAAAUGUCUCGACAUAGGGUUAAAAGUGAGUCUGGUUAUUUCUUUGAAGUGAUGUUCUCUUAUGAUGUAAGGCAAAAUGAGCAAAAUGGCCUUGAUAUUAUGUAAGAAAAAAAUAUUAUGUUUCAUCAUAUUUGGAAUGAUGGAUGAGCUGUAUUUUUGUGAAAUCCUUGUUCAGUUUCCUUUUUAUUUGUAAUUGCUGACUUAUUCAUAAUACAGCACUUCUGUCAUUCCUGUUUCUGUGCUCUGAUUAUCUUAUUUAAUGGUUAUGUAAUGUAAUAUUAAUAUAAUGCUUAUUUUUGGGGGUAAGGGAGCAGUUUUGCCGUUAUGUCAUUGUCAUUGUUUUAUUUCGAUAAAAGCAGCUUUGAGUCAGAGAUUGUCGACGAGAGAAUCUCUAGUGGAUGUGUUUUAAAGCUUGUGUUUCAAAUAAUUAGCCUGAUAUUUUAGAAUCACUUGUUCUGGUUCAUUCUGGUGCACACUUUGUUUCUCUGGCAUUUUAAAAAUAGAAGCAAACACGCAGGUAUGCUAUUGGAAUUGUCCAGAGCUCUGUCUUCCAGGUCAAAGUAAGGCAUAAGUUAGCAACUUAGAGAGCCCUGAAAAUACUUUUAUCAGUUUAGAUUUUAAAUAAAAGAUGAAAACAAUGUUCAACCGGUCACUGGCAGGCUGGAAGCUUUUGCUGUCAUUAGAAUUAUGUUACAGGUUUUUUUGUUGUUUUUUUUGUCUAUUCCCCUUGAUGUGUUUUAUUGUCUGAAUUGUUUGUUCAUUUUGAUGUUUGUUUUUAUAAUAAAACAACGACAGUG